CAGGAGAAAUUUUUAAUUACGACAGGAACAUAAGUGUCAUAUUACGUGUGUGUUAGUAGGAGUGGUAAAAAAUUUUAUUUUUUAAAUUAUUAACAUUUUAGCACACAUAUCUUAUCAUUUGUAUAAUAACACGUGAUAUUUCAUUCAAUCACUGAAAAAUCUCUCAUUUCCCAGUUAGAUCGCACUUUCCCCAAAAUACACUAACACACCCACACCUAGAGAGAGAGAGAGAGAGAGAGAGAGAGGAGAGAGAUGUCAAGGCGAUCUGCUACCUGUUUGCGGUGCUGUUUGGUGGUGUUUGCUGUGGUUUCUGCAUUGGGGGUUUGCGGGCCGGCCUUGUAUUGGCGGUUCAAGAAGACCAUAAAGUUGGGGGAUUCUAAAAUCUCUUGCCCUUCUUGCAACUGCGAUUGCCCUCCUCCUUUGUCUCUCCUCAAGAUUGCUCCUGGAUUGGCCAAUCUCACAGUCACAGAUUGCGGAAGUAAUGACCCAGAUCUGAAGCAGGAGAUGGAGAAGCAGUUCGUGGACCUUUUGACAGAGGAAUUGAAGCUGCAAGAGGCUGUUGCCGCAGAGCACACCCGUCACAUGAACAUCACAUUUGCUGAAGCAAAGAGGGUGGCUUCUCAGUACCAGAAGGAAGCAGAAAAGUGCAACGCUGCAACUGAAACAUGCGAGGAGGCAAGGGAGCGCGCUGAGGCAUUGCUCAUCAAGGAGAGAAGGGUGACUUUCUUGUGGGAAAGACGAGCCCGUCAAAUGGGUUGGGAUAGUUUGUAAACUUCGAUUUCAAGUUCUCGUUCGGUUUAACUACUGAUUCGUCUCUCUUCGCAAUAUUUAUACAUACAAAACCAAGCAAAUUGCAUGGUCUGUUUCUUCCCCUGUUACAGCAUAAUUGCUCUCUCGCUCUCUUGCAAUUGUAGUUGUACUUGUACUGCCCACAAAUGGCAUAUAGUUACCAGAUUUUUAACCUAUGAACAAAAUGUUAUGGAUCCCUUGGCCCA